UUAAGUACCGAGAAGGAGCCUGAAAUUGGAGACAGAGCAUGCUCGAGAGAGAGAGAGAGAGACAGUCAGGGAGAGAGAGGAAAGGACUGCGAAAGGGUGUAUUUAUUGGCGUGUGUCAUGCCUUACUUUUUGGGUCUUGAGGGUUUUGGAGCAUCGUGUCGGGGAGAGGGCUGAUAUUUUUAGACGAUUUUUCUUUUCUCUGAAGGUAGAGGCUUAUAGUUCGUUUCUUUGGCGAGAGAUAAGAAGGUGCAGAGAUAGGUUAAGAUCUCCGAGUGCGUAUAUUAUAUAUAUGUACGUACUGUGCUUCGUUGUACGCAGACACACAAGCCUCCUUGCUCACAGAACCAAGAAAAGUACGGUGUAGCGGAUCACCAAUACUCACGAUUUGUAAUGGCUUACAUUUCGGAGGUCAACACAAGCUUUUCACAUGACUUGGAUGAUGAAUAUGGGAAACUUUUUCGGAGAUUGAAUCCACCCAGGGUUGCGAUUGAUAAUGAGGCCUACAAGAAUGCAACAGUGAUACGGGCUGACAGUGCAAACAAGCACGGAAUACUUCUCGAAGUAGUACAAGUCCUAACCGACCUUAACCUUACCAUAACUAAAGCUUACAUAUCUUCUGAUGGUGGAUGGUUUAUGGAUGUUUUUUAUGUCACCGAUCAAGAUGGAAAUAAGGUUACAGAUGAAGGAAUUUUGGACUAUAUUCAAAAGUCUCUUGGACCAGACGCAUGCUUCUCAUCCCGUAUGAGAUCUGUUGGGGUCAUACCAUCAUUGGACCACACUGCAAUUGAGCUAACUGGAAGUGACCGACCAGGGCUUCUUUCUGAAGUGUGUGCUGUCCUCAUGAAUCUUAAAUGCAAUGUAGUGAGCGCAGAGGUCUGGACACACAACGCCCGGGCUGCAGCUGUGAUGCAUGUGACUGAUGAGGAAACAGGGUGUGCAGUUACUGAUCCAGAGAGGCUAUCUAGGAUUAAGGAACUUCUCUGUAAUUUACUUAAGGGCAGCAACAAAUCCAGUGCAGCUAAGACUGUGGUCUCUCAUGGGAUUACACACACCGAGAGAAGGCUUCACCAGAUGAUGUUUGCUGAUAGGGAUUAUGAACGAGCUGAUGAUGAUGCCUCAGAUGAGAAGCAAAGACCUAAUGUGAAUGUUGUCAAUUGGUAUGAUAAAGGCUACUCUGUGGUUACAAUCCGGAGUAAAGAUCGGCCGAAGCUUCUCUUUGAUACAGUCUGCACAUUGACAGACAUGCAAUAUGUGGUUUUUCAUGCAAAUAUUGACGCUGAGGGUCCAGAAGCUUAUCAGGAAUACUAUAUUAGGCAUGUAGAUGGUUGCCCUGUGAAAUCAGAUGCGGAGAGAGAAAGAGUGAUACAAUGUCUUGAAGCAGCUAUAGAGAGGAGAGUCUCUGAGGGCUUGAAGCUAGAACUCUGCACUACCGACAGGGUUGGGCUGCUAUCUGAUGUCACUCGCAUCUUUCGUGAAAAUAGCCUCACUGUCACCAGAGCCGAAGUUACAACUAAAGCAGGUCAAGCUGUUAAUACGUUUUAUGUUCGUGAUGCAUCUGGGUAUCCUAUUGAUUCUAAGACUAUAGAUUCCAUUCGGCAAGCAAUCGGCAAGGCAAUACUUAAAGUGAAAGGCAAUCCUGAAGACUUAAAACCUGUUCCUCAGGGGUCUGCAACUAAGUUCCUCUUUGGUGGUCUCUUCAAGUCUAGAUCCUUUGCUAACUUUGGCUUGGUUAGGUCCUAUUCCUGAGAAACUCACUCCCCUCCCUGUGUACAUUAAAAACCCUCGGCUGCAUACAAAUCUAAAACCAUUUUAGAGGUGUGACUUAAUUUAGGAACAUGUUUAUAUAUUCUCAAAAGAGUCAAGGAAAGCCAUACUUACUGAUUACUGAGAGUCAAAUUCCUUGUAAAUUCCACCAUGUGUCCUGCUUUAAGCUUUGUAUUUGUUGUUACGAAUCCAAAGUGACGUUUGAUUCUUGAAUUCAAAGAAAGGAAGUCCAACUAAAUUGUGUAA